AUGGAUUGUUCAGCAGCUCAAGAUUUAGUGUUAACCAAGGAAAUAAUUUACAGGACGGUAGGGUCUACAGUCGAACUGGUUUGUCCUAUUAUUUCUGCACGAGCCAUAAGUUGGUUAGGGCCACCAAGUUAUCAGGAAUACGCUGUAGGGACAGACAUAUUUCCAGAAGUAUCCAAUCAAGUGGCUGUUAGUGAAACUGCUGCAGAUAAAAAGUCCAUUUUACUUAUUCACCGUUUCAGAAAAGACAAUAGUGGAGAUUACAAAUGUACUGAUGGUAUUGAUAAAAAGGAAUUUAGCUUAAUUAACAAAAGAAAUCCAUCAAACUUGGUAAUAAGUAAUAAGACAGAUGACAAAACUACUACAGUUGAAGGAAAAGAACAUAAUCUAGAAUGUAGGGUGACCAGUGGACAACCUGGAGGCAAUAUUACUUGGUCUACGGAUGGAGUUGUUGUUGCAAGAAAUGAACCUAGUUUUGUUAUUCACAGGUUAACACCUAACAGAUCUGAUAAUGGAAAGAUAUUCGAAUGUGAAGCUUUUAACAGCGACGGUGAGAAAAUAUUGGAAGCAUCAGUCCGUAUUGAAGUCUUUUAUAUUCCAAAGAUAACCUUCAGUCCCAGUCAAACGAUAACUGUGAAAGAAGGUGAGGACACACAACUAAUUUGCAUCAAUGAUGGGAACGAUCCAGACACAACAACUGUCUGGAAAAUACAACGUACAGAAACAAUUAUCUCAAACAAUGAUACAUUAAAGUUUAAAAGGGUUAAACGGACAGAUGCCGGCCUAUACAUAUGCAUGGUUCAAACAAAAGCAGGUGUUUAUAAAGAAAAUGCAAAGGUUGUUGUGCAGUAUGCUCCAACUAUCGAUAUUCAAUAUGUUCCGACAGAAAGAAAAAUGAAGUGUAUUCCAAGUGGUGUCCCAGAUAGAUACGUAUAUAAGGACUGGGAACAUACAACAGAAUACAACGAUCAUAUAAGGUUUUUACCGAUAACCAAAGAAGGGAAUAACGCAAUUUUAACUAUUCCUAAACAUGAGACUGGAAAAGAUCAUCAACGAGAUCGAGGUUUAUACAUUUGUCGGGCUUCGAAUAACAUAUCAUCAAGUGAUGGAAUGUUUGUUGUGAAAAAGUACAAUUUGAAUUUUAAGGGCAAACCUUACUUUGCCAGCUCUACUGAAAACAUUCAAUUUGGAGCUUAUCUUAAAACUGCAAUGAUAAAGAUACAUUUUGUGAGUGUCCCUGAAUAUAACAGUUACGACGUUUAUAAGAAUGAAAGCAGAUUCACAGGAUAUAAUGAAUCCCUUCACAGAAAUAUGAAUCUGACGGAUACUGUAUAUGGAAAAAAUGUAUCGGUGAAAGGAAACAUCAUAUCUUUACAGAUACAAAUCGACACUUUAGAUGAUUUUAACCUGUAUAAAGUAGUUGUCAAGAAUGCAGAAGGAUCCUCGCACCAUACAAUACAACUUGUUUCUGCAAGUGCUCCAUAUAUGCCAAUUAUUCUUCAAACAUCAGCAAAACAAACCCAGAUUUUUGUUUUGUGGAAGCCAGGAUUUGAUGGUGGCUAUCUUCAAUGGUUUACAGUUGAAUAUAAAGAAAUAGGAGAAACUUACUGGAACAAUCAAAUAACGAAUUCAUCGAACGUGAUAGUUAUUGGUGGAUUAAAGCCAACAACUAGAUACCUUAUUCGAGUAUUUGCAACAAACAUAAUCGCUGAUAGUAACAGAACAAAAGAAAUUCUAAUACAAACAGACGAAUAUGCAAUUGCAGAAACAUUCCAUUCUGUUCACAUUGUCGUCAUUUUAUCAUUAGUGAUUAUCAUUGCAGUACUUCUGGUGGCUGGGAUGGGAUUAUAUGUUCAAAAUGACGACUCUAUCCUGCCAAUGAUCAAUAGAGAUGUAGACGUAAUGUCGUCAGAACAUACAUCCACAUCAUCAGAUAAUGAUAUAGUUUCUUCAGAAUAUUUAGACGAUGGAUAUGAACAGCCACACACUACGUUGGUGGUUACUGAUCAAGUAAAAGACGAGCAUGUUUAUCUCAACACCAAAAAAGAGUCAAAUUACGAAAAUACGAUUCCUUUUGAGAAUAUUGCUUGUGGACAUGCUUGUGAUUACUUAGACGAUUCUUUAUCAGAUAAAAGAAAUGCGCUUGAUGACCACGAAUAUUUGAAUCUGAAUAACGACGUGAACGACUUUAACGUAAAAAAUGAAAGGGUGACUCAGUGUUUUAUUAAUCCGCGAAUGAAUGAGGCAGAAUACAUUAACUUGUCACUCAAUCAAUAG